AUGGACACUUCCUAUCCCCGUGAGGACCCCCGGGCUCUAUCCCGCAAGGCUGAUGAUGCUGCCCACACGGCCCUCUCCGUGGGAACACCGGGCCCUAUGCCACGAGACCAUCUCCUCUGGUCAGUCUUCAGCACGGUCUACCUGAACCUGUGCUGCCUCGGUUUCCUGGCGCUGGUCCACUCGGUCAAGGCCCGAGACCAGAAGAUAGCUGGGGACCUGGAGUCUGCGAGGCACUAUGGCUCCAAAGCUAAAUGCUACAACAUCCUGGCGGCAAUGUGGACAUUGGUACCCCCAUUGCUGCUCCUCGGGCUGGUGGUGACCGGAGCCUUGCACCUGUCCCGGCUGGCCAAAGACUCUGCGGCUUUCUUCACCACCAAGUUUGACGAUGAGGACUAUAACUGA